ACGUAAUCGUUUUUGAUCAAUAUAUUUUAUUUUAGGUAGUGAAAGAGGUGCAGCUACUGGUUGCGUUGGAGUCCGUUUUAAAGAAGGUUCAAAUAUAAACAAAUCACUCCUUGCACUUGGAAAUUGCAUUAACAGUUUAGCAGCAGGAAAAGGACAUGUACCUUAUCGUGAUUCAAAGUUAACCCGUCUUUUGAAAGAUAGUCUUGGAGGAAAUUGCCACACAGUAAUGAUUGCGAACGUUUCCCCGAGUAGUUUAACAUAUGAAGACACUUAUAACACGUUAAAAUACGCAACACGUGCUAUGAAAAUUAAAUCAAACGUUCGUCAAAAUGUUGUUGCCAAAGACAUUAAUUGCGAGCAAUAUGUUAUUAUGAUUGAUAAUUUAAAAGCGGAAGUUGAACGACUUAAAGCUAAACUGGAGGAAUAUGAGAACGAUAAAAAUACAAUCAAUGAAACUAUAACUUUACCAUCAACUUCAUCUUCAUUAACAGCCACAACAGUACCGACAAUAUCUUUAACUUCAAUUUUAGAUGUGGAUAAAGAAAAGUUAAUGGAUAUUGUUGAUGAGUUAAAAAAGCUGUUGGAACGGAUUCAUCAAUUAGAAAUGGUAGAGCAAGGUUUAGGUUUAAGAAAACAAUUAAAAGAAGAUAAAGAUGCAAGAUUAAGUGAUUUAUGUGAUUCAACAGAUAAAAUAAAAGGACGUAAAAGAAUAGGAGAUGCCGUGGACAGAAUAAAAAAGCAAGUUAGCAGUUUAAAAGAUGAAAUUUACCACACUAAAGAAAAAAAGAAAAAAGUUUAUGAAAAUUUAGAGGAGUUAUUAAGAACUGUACCCGAUUUAAAAGAACUUGCUGAUGUAGAAAAAAUUAAAUUAGGCGAAAUCGAAGCAGUUUAUAAGGCUGAAUUACAUCAAAAGAAAUGCGAAAGAUUAACAACGGAAUUAAAUUCACGCGCUGAAACGGAAAAGAAAAUGUCAAAUUUGUUAAAAAUUUGUUAUAGAUAUCUCCAAGCGCAAAAUCAACUUCCGGAAUCGGUAAAAUCAGCUUAUAACACAUUGAAAAAUGAUUGGCAAGGAAUCCAUUCGGUUACAUUUGAACCUGAACCAGAAAUUGAUUCAACCGUUAUAAUCGAUGAUACACGAAAAAGGAAAGUUGAAGAAAUAUGUUCAUCAUCAUCCCUUGAUAGUACAUUUGCCAUUGGUUCAAAAUCUCAACCAGUUUUGACUUCACGUGCUAAAGAAUUAAUAUCAAAAGAAAGUCCGAUGCCACCGAGAAAAUUCGCAAAAUUUUCUCCAGCCAUAAAAGAAAAUAAAGCACCAACCGUGCGUAAACCAACGGCUAUUAUGGGAACUUCUCAACGGUUUCAAACGACAAAAUCGACUAAUUUAUUAAACGGAGGAAAAAGUUUUAAGAAAAAAUAAAUGUAAGGAAACGAAAGUGAUUUUGAAGAUAGAUGUCAAGAUAAAUGCUUUUUUUUAAACUUAUUACGAACGUAUUGGAUUGCUGUUUAUUUUUUUUGUUAUUACUUGUAAAUGAGUGCAACAAGCUGUAUCUAAUAAUCUUAUAAAAGUUUUUAAUGUAAUAAUUUAUAAAUGAAUAUCAUCCUGCUUUAAAAUAAUAUAUCAUAGCGUUG